UUCUUCGGGUACUUCUUCAGUCUCAGAAGCUGCAUUGGAACAGUUUCAGUCGGCGACUGGUUGACAGAAGGAACACCGAUUUGCAGGAACUAGGCCCAAUCUCAAUCUACCGUAUACACAUCAAUUCAGAAUAAUCGAGGGGUCAAAAUGAAAGAACGACUUGCGACAUUCUUAGUACUGCUCUCCUUAGCUGCAUUCGCCUAUUCAUUGCCACCGCGGAAAGAUAGGCCGUUCUACGUCGACUGCUUGACAUCUAGAGAAUGUGGAAAAGGACAAUGUUGUACAAUCGGUAUGGAAAGGUACUCCUCUCCUCAUUGUCAAAGCCUUCAAAAGUUGGGUGAAAUGUGCAGGCCCGUUAAUGACUUAAUUACGUCUGCCAACCUGACUUAUCCAGACGGUGCAAAGGUUGCAAUUAACAACGUCUACAGGAUCUUAUGUCCUUGCAAGGAUCGUUUCACUUGUAGUUCUACAUCUGGUACCUGUGAGCUUCGACACUGAUUUAAAUUAAUAAAUGUAGAAGAAAAAAGAAACAACAAGUUUAAUUUGUAAAUUUAUUAAUGAAAUUGUAUUUUGUUGUACAAAAUUGAACCCACAAGUUUAUAUAAAACGAUAAAAGUGUUUUUUUGUUUUUUUUUUGUGAUGUAAUAAAUAAGUUUUUUUUAUACAAUUGUUUUGUUAUAGGAAAAUUUACAUUUAUUUAUAUCACUCAUGUUGUGCCUCUCAGACC